AUGUUUUUGAAGUUCGUCUCUGUUCUGUGGCUGGUGGCCCUGUUCACCACUACCGUCUUCUCCUUGCCCCUUGAUCCAUCUUCUCUUGUCCGCAGACAAAAGGGCAAUCCCCAACGCGAAACGUUCUGCACAUACAACGUCAAGUACUGCAGGGACAAUUUCGGCGGAUACUGCAAGGAAGCCGACCCUCCACCAUGGUGCAGCGUCAUCAUUGACGCUGCUCCUGCUUCCCCUGUCGACAUUGACAUGGAGAGCAACACCCUCGUCGCACGUCAGGACGACACCCCUCCCUAUGAACUGGCCCACGCAUUAUUCUGUGAGCACAACGCAGAGUUUUGCCGAACGAACUACCCUCAGGAGUGCAUCGGCGGCAAGGAUGUGAUGCCAGCAUGGUGUCAUGUUAGUCCUCGUCGCUACGAGCCUCCCAGCAACCUUCCGCCCGAGAUAUACUGCAAGUACAGCCCAGGGUUUUGCCGAAAAGCCUUUGCUCAUCUCUGCAAGGCUGGCAAUGAAAUGAUGCCAGCAUGGUGCCACCACGAGUCGCCUCCCACCGAAGACCCUGUCGACGACAAACCUUCUCAAGAAGGGGUCCGCGAAAUGUUCUGCAAGCACAAUGCACAGUAUUGCCGGGAAAACUUCUCCGAGGACUGCAAGCCUGGCAACGGAAUACUUCCAGAAUGGUGUCACGUUGACCAAAUUCCCACAGAGCCUCUCACCGAGGGCCCUGAUGACGAUAGCCCUGACCCUCCUCCCGAGAGGAUCCGUCCAAUGUUCUGCAAGUACAAUGUACAGUAUUGCCUAGAAAACUUCCCUGGGGACUGCAAGGCUGGCAACGAGAGUGUUCCAGUUCCAGAAUGGUGUCACGCUCCGAAUCCUCCCACCACUCUCUCCAGCUCUCUUCCUACCGACAGCACCACCCUUGUCGCACGCCAAGAUGACAAUCCCGCCCGUCAGUUGUUCUGCGAGAAGAAUGCAGAGUACUGCCAGGAGCACUAUCCGGGCUACUGCAAGCCCGGCAACGCCAAGAUCCCCUCAUGGUGCCACAUCAAGCCCUCUUCCACCUCUGUAUCUACUUCCGGUCCUGAUCUCGUCGCACGUCAAGAUGCUUUGGGCAAGCGCACUCCUCAAGAUCCCGACAGGGAAGAGGAAGAGGAUACUGAGGAGGAGAGGGAGCAGGAGCAGGAGCAAAAGGAAGAGCAAGAGCAGGAGCAAGAGGAAAAGGAAGAAGAGGAAGAGGAAAAGCCUCACCACUUCGAAAGGUCUUGGUGCAAGAAGCACCCUCAUCACCCAUACUGCUACUCUCAGUUCUGCAUUGACAACCCCGGUCGUUGCUAG